AUGGCCCGUUCCCGGAGUCAGACUGCAGCGAUCCUCUUCGUCGACAUCGCCGCCGCUUACUAUGGCGUCGUCCGUGAAGCCAUUCUGGGCUGUGGUGGCAGUAGCUGCCCAUUAGAGCAGUUGGUGGCAUCUCUAGGCCUUACGCAUGAUGAUUUGCAGCGUCUCCAGGUGUACAUUGAGCAGGAGCCGGUCCUGGCUCAACAAGAUGCGCCGGCGCUCUUUUGCGAGGUUGCGGAGGAACUGCAUAGGAACACCUGGUUUAUCCUUUCAGGGGAUGCCCAGGUAGUAGAGACACACCGAGGCACUCGACCUGGUGGUUCCCUGGCUGACAUUAUCUUCAGCAUCUUGUUCAGCCGUGUCCUGGGCAGGCGCUGUCAAUCCACGUUGCAGCCCUUUGUGCCGAAAGUUUGCUGGAAUGGAGUACGCACCCCCUGGCCCGACGCCACCCCGGAUGGCUGCACAGCUCGAAGCGUCGAGGCAAGUGAUGUGGUGUACGCUGACGACCUCGCCAGUUUUCUGGUCUGUGCUCGUGCCGAAGAGGUGUCUCAUAUGGUGGCUAAUGUUGCUGCCGACACGAUAGACACUUUGCUCCCGCAUGGGCUCAACGCUAACAUCGGCCCCACCAAGACGGCAGCACUGGAAGGAAAGCAGCGCCUCUUUGCUUGCAAGCGUGUCCCGCUUCUGCGCCGGGCCAGCAUCUUCCGGGCCCACACUGAGCGCCUGCGCUUCCUGGGACAGCUUGUUAGACAUGGGCCGGAUGUUGCCUGGGGCCUUCUAUCGCACUAUGAAGGCUUUAAGGCCGGGCUCCGCGAUGCAGCGGACUGGUUGUUGGCUGCGACGGGCGCAGCUGAUGGGCUUCCCGAUAUCCAGCGCGGUUGGGAUGUAUGGAUGCGUCUCUUGUCAGACUCCCCUGGGCGUUGGAAGGCCAUGCUUAAGCGGGCUGAAGCCUGGUACUCUUUGCGUGACAGUCAAACCGCUCUGCUUGAUGGCUUUGUGCGGGAGGCUUUAGCCGCAGCUGGCGCCCUGGUGGUUGACUCCUCUGUGGGUCACGUGCAAGCACCGGCCGUGCCAGGUAUCGGCAGUACCGAAGACGUCGAUGAUGAACUUUUCCAGGCCGUUAAGCAGCACAUCGCGCCCCUGCCUGUUCUGCGCUUCACGCUUGAGCAGUGGAUUUCAGGUUUGCCUGUGGGUUCAUUGAGAUCCGCUGCUGAGGACGUCCUGCUCAUUCUGCGGCCAGAGCAUGUGUGCGAUCGGGUGGCUGGUCCUUCUGCCGGGAACGAGGACGUACCUCUGUCCUAUCUCCCGAUUGUGGAUGUCCCCAGAGCAGUCCCACGAGCGCCUUCUCUCCCCAUUCUGCAUAACUGCAGGGUGCCCCAAGCAUGGCGGGCCAUCCAUUCACUCCAAUCAGCACCGCUGCGCUUGAUUUCCUUUGGGUCUUUGGUGCAGCAGGCAGGGGGCGCCUGCUCUGGCAUCUGCCUUGAGUUUCCGGCUCCUCCUGAGACGCUAUUGCCUGUCUUCCGUCCCCCUUCUUGCUCUGUCCGCUCCCUUCGAGGGCUGUGCGAUUGGAUUAGCGCGGUCCUCGACGCGCUUCGUUUCCUUGUUGCACAGGCCAGGUCAGGUUGUCCCGUCUUCGUCCGGUUCCCAGUCGACAGGGAUGACCUACAGCCUCUCUCGGGCUGGCUGAUGGACAUGCAGGGGCCUGAGUCAGAGGAGACGGCUUUUCCCGUUAGUUUCACUUCUGAAUUCAAUCGUUUCUGUUUGCAUUAG